AUGAGGCAAAGUCUGGACAGCCUGCCAGACGACCUCUUGUUUCCCAUAUUACAUGGCCUGGACACAGCCGGCGACGUGGCACGGGUCUCGGCAUCCUGCCGCCGUGUGCGCAAGUUCGUCCAGGACGAAGGGUGGCGCAUAUUCGCCAGGACGAGGUUCCCGUCCCUUGACCUCCCCACCAGCACGGGUUUCGGCUGGGACAGGAUAUCGGACUCCCUGACCUGGCAGAGCCGGUGCUGGGACCGGAGGUCUAUCUCCUUCCAGUUCUACGAGCCUCCGCAGGAGGAGAGGCCCGUCGACAGGCGUGGGCGCCAGAGACCUCGGCGCGGGCCGCCGCGGCGCCCCUACCAGCCCGUGCUAGAUGCCCACUUCGACCUGGAGACGGGCGAGGAGCUGGUCGCUUGGGGUGCAGGCGAGAGUCUCGUGGCCAGGAGGCGGGCCAGAGCCAGGGACAGCCAGACGUCAACGUCAGUGUGGAAGUCGUGGGAUGGGCAAGCGGCCGGGCACACCCCCGGAACAGACGACGUCAAGGCGUUGAAGAUCGUGCCGUGCCCAGGCGCCCGCCACGGAGAACUUGCUCUGCUCACUGGAAGAGAGACUGGGGAUCUGGUCCUCCACUCGGCAGAGGAAGGCAAUUUCGGAGAGGUGCUCGCAAAUUUCGUCACCAACGUGAGCGAGGACGCGGACAACAAUCCGGAGAGGAAGUCCGCUGCUUCAGGGGGGAUCCAGUCUCUCGACCUGAGAAAGAAUCAAAACCGCCUAGCCGUCGCAGUCAACAAGGGCAUCUUUCUAUACGAUCUACCGCAGGAUGAAACCUCAGAGGUCACGCCGACCGCAUUCCUUGAUCUCCGUGAUCACGUCGCGGAAGGCGAUAGCGUCCUCCUCCAGCGAGCAAAGUGGAUCGCCGACGACACGCUCGCGCUCGCCUUCAAGAGCCGCAGCACCCCUCUGCGCUGCCUGCAGAUCACACCGUCCGGGUUCGAGCUCACGGCCGUCACCUCAGACACAAGCGUGCACAUAUGCCCGACCUCCAUCGAGCCCGUGAGCCCGCCCUCCAGCAGCGGCAGCCCCUGCUCCUCUCUCCUCCUCAGCGCCUGGCGCGACGGCACCUGCCGGCUGCGGGACCUGCGCACGCCGUCCGCGCCCUCGGACGCCGUGUACCGGGACGCCGUCAGCGUCUGGCCCGCCUUCGACACCGUCUACCAGGACAACGUGAACCCGGGCCCGGCCUUCGAGGCCCUCCUGCCCUUCGGCACAGAGCGCUUCGCCGCGGGGGGCCUCUCGGGCUCCACGGUCAAGAUCUUUGACUUCCGCCGCACCGCCGACAAGGCCUACCACCACACCGCGGGCCUGCCCUGCCCCCGCGGCCCCACCGCCGCCAUGACGCCGCCCUACCCGGCCCCACACCAGCCCUUCUUCGCCCGCGCGCCGGCGCCCGGCCCGCGGGACCGGGCCCUCACGCCCGACGGCGGCGCCUGGCCCUGCCGGCCCCGCGAGGGCCGGCGCUGCCUCUGGCACCACCUCUCGCGCGACGUCUACUACCGGCCCAACUGCAGCCUCUUCUGGUCGCACCUCGCGCCCCCGCCGACGGCGGCCAGGGGCGAGGGCGGCGUGUGGUGCCUCGCGCGGGCGUCGGACCUCUCGCCCAACUUCUACGUCGGCGUGCAGGGCGCCGUCGUCGAGGCCAGCCUGCGGGACGUCGAGACCGGGGCGGGCGACCCCAACUUCGGCUUCCCCGGCAGUGCCGGCACCUUUACCGCUGCUGCCGGGUUGGCAGGCGACGACAGCUGCGCCGCCGCCGCCGCCGUGGGGUACGCGGCCAGCCCGCUGCGGACGGCCAUCGUCGAGACGGGCGACGGGCUGGCGCACCCGCACAACGACAGGAACAUCCGGCUGCCGCGCAUGCGGCCCAUGUUUGCGGACAAGGUGGCGCCCGGGGUGCCGGCCGAGUGGCGCCGGCGGCACCGCCUGGACCCGGCGUUCCAGCACGAUGCUGAUUUCGAGGCGUUUCGGGAGUUUGAGGCGAGGAUGAAGAUGGCAGAAGAGGAGGAGGAGGGCUGUAGCGAUGUUGUUCAUGAAAGGACUUUGAGCGAGGCGUUGGAGCGGAUCGAGGUCCGAUGA